AUGGUCUAUAACGCAAAUGGUAUAGUAUCAAUUGCAACUGAAAGUUUUAAGAGUGCUAAGGAUUAUGUCAACAAGAUCCUUGGCAAAGUGGAACCAUGGUGUUUAGUUGUGCUAACAGCUGCCGGUACUGUUGCAUUUAUUCGAAUUCGUCAUCUUUUACGCCAGUCGGAUCGCCCACUGUGGGAAAGAAUAAAUAGUCCUUUUAGAUUCAAAGGGUAUGCAUUUUCGAUUGCACGAAAGACUGCUUUUGUGCAGAAAAAAUUACAAGGUCCGAUUCUGAAAACUCGUUGUGACCUUCUAAAGGCUAUUCAUAAAUGUGAUAAAGAAAGGAUAUUUAUAUGUGAACUACCACCAUUUGGGUAUGAAAACGACAAAGUGCUUCAAAUUGCAGCGCGAUAUAAAGAAAUGUGUGAAGUAGAUUUGAAAAACGGCCGAGCUAGUGGUGCCAAAUAUAAUAAUAACGAUGAGAAGCAUGCUGAACUGCUGGAUAAAGUUAGUCUGCAUUUCAAUAAUAUUUUUCAUAUGUAUGCUUACUCAAACCCUUUACACCCUGAGGUCUUUCCCGGUUGCAGGAAAAUGGAAGCAGAACUUAUACGGAUUGUCUGUGGGAUGUAUUAUGGAGACCGUGACAGUUGUGGAACUAUGACUACAGGCGGUACAGAAUCGAUCAUGCUUGCCAUGUUAGCUUACAGAAAUAGAGCAUAUGCAAAAGGAAUAAGGGAUCCAGAAAUACUUGUGCCUGUCACAAGUCAUGCUGCAUUUGAUAAGGCAGCAGCGUUUUUUGGAAUUCGAAUAAAGCACAUUCCUGUAACAGUAAAUAAUGCUGUUGAUGUCCGGGUUAUGUCUGAAGCGAUAUCGUCUGAAACUUGUGCACUUGUUUGUUCUGCUCCAUGUUUUCCGUCAGGCACGAUUGAUGACAUUGAAGAAAUUUCCCGGAUAGGACACUACUACAAUAUACCAGUGCAUGUGGAUGCCUGUCUUGGGGGUUUUUUGCUUCCAUUUAUGGAGGAGGCAGGCUACAAGCUACCGCUGUUUGACUUUCGCCUACCAGGUGUUACCUCGAUAUCGUGUGAUACUCACAAGUAUGGGUAUGCUCCAAAGGGUUCCUCAGUUAUUCUUUAUCGUAGUUUUGAGUAUUUGCAUUACCAGUAUUUCUCUUUGCCUGAUUGGACUGGUGGGCUUUAUAUUACACCUACUUUUGCUGGUAGUCGCUGUGGGGCGUCUAUAGCGCUUACUUGGGCAACUUUGUUGUCAAUUGGAAAAGAAGGUUAUGUUGCAAGAACAAAAGCAAUUAUCGAGUGUGCACAUGAGAUAGCAGACGGGAUUCGUAAUAUAAUGUUUUGGCAGGGGACCAAGUGUCUGAGACUUUUUGGCUCUCCUGAUGUAUCUGUUGUGGCUUUCACCAGCGACGUUCUUAACAUCUAUGCUGUUUCGGACAAGAUGUCUCUCUUAGGGUGGAAUCUCAAUACUCUCCAAAACCCUCCAGCCAUUCACAUUUGUAUCACAUUAAAUACCGCAUACUCUGAAGCAGCAAAAGAUUUCUUGCGUGACCUUCGGUCAGUCACAGAAGAAGUUAUGAACGAUCCAAAGAAAGGGGAAGGAUCAGCAACAGCUUCUUUAUACGGUCUUGCUACUGCAAUACCUGACAAGACAUUAAUAUCGGAAAUGACUUACGAAUAUUUAAAUGCGUAUUAUGCCACUCCGCCUGUUGGUUAUGAGAACGAGUUGUUGCAGGGCGUUUGA